ACACUAAUGAUUUUCCAUCUCGUUCUGAUUCAAUCUUGACCGCCAUAAAUGCACUUUCGCACCUAGAAGUCUCUGGGCCAAGGAAUGGACCUGUCUUAGAGGCACAGCGACACAUACGAACAACAUCACCAGCAUCGCCAACAUUGGAGAAGCGUAUCACGCGAAAAUGUCCAUCAAAGGCAACCAAGCACAGAAGCAUUCGUCAAAGCGGCGGAAAUUGAGCCACAGUGCAUCCGAGGACGAAGCAGACGUCUCAAGCCCAAGGAGAAACAAUAAAACUGCGCAGGCUACCAACGAUACGACUGUGAACGAAACAUCUCGGCAAGAAAAUGAGGCCAGGGAUAGUGGCAACACCACAGGCACCACGUUGCCUACAGGAGGAGUCACUAAAUCAUCCAUGCUGGCUUUGCAAGUGGCGGAUUUGAAUACGGAAUUGACACCGAAUUACGAAAAGCUCCAAAAGAAGUGGGCUGCCAUCACUAAACGAUUAAGGACUCUGAUCGAACAAAUACCGGACCGUGCUCCUGUCACAGCGAUUGAUGCCUUGAAGCACUUUCGCAAGCACGGAUUCGAGAUACCGUUCCCAAAGCCCCAACCCACGAAAGAUACAAACUACAAACUCGCUUUUAAGGCGCCCCAAGAAGUUAUUACUGACGGAGCACUGCCAUUGAACUUGAGCAUCAAGGGCGACCAUGUGAUCAGGAUGACCGUCAUCAUGCCGGCAGAACUCCUCCAGGAGAAGGAUUAUCUCAACAACAGAGCUCUCCACAAAGCGGCCUUCUAUCUUGCGUGCAUUGCUACAGCUCUGAAGGAAAAUGCUGCAGCCGAUUUCGAAUCCCACUUCGCACACCUGCACGACGUUGACCUGUUACCGAUACUUGAAGUUGUACCAACAGACAAGAGUCUAUCGAAGUUCACGUUUCAAAUCGGCAUUGGCUUUCCUCACGAAUCCAUACCAAUCGCGAAGACCCUACCGAUCAAAAAUUGCUUCAGACGACCGUUGAGUGGAGAGGUAGCAAAUCAUGAAGAACCUACACCGUUCUACAAUAGCGCCAUCCGUUACGCUGCGUCGACUGCAGCGUUUGAAAAGCUCGUCAAAGCUGCAGGGAGCCCCAAUUUUGAGGAAGUAUGCCGUGUUGGUCUGCAAUGGCUGCGACAACGAGGAUUCUCCAGUGCCAUGCAGUCUGGAGGGUUUGGCUUCCUCGAAUGGUCCCUAAUGUGUGCUCUUCUGUUGCAAGGAGGUGGACAUCGAGGUCAGCCUUUGUUUUCCAAACAGUACAGCAGUCUUCAGCUUUUCAAGGCCAUGCUUCAAAUCCUCGCAGGCCGAGAUUUACGAGAUCCGUGGGUGCUCAAUGGCACAGCAGUUGAAAUUCCUCGCUCGGAAGAGCCGGUCCUCUUUGACGCGAAGACCGGUGUGAAUAUACUCUACAAGAUGACUCCUUGGUCCUACCAGGCCUUGCGUCACCAUGCUCAGGUGUCUCUCGCGUUGGUAAACGCUCGGAGGGAGAACAGCUUUGAUGAGACUUUUAUCCUCAAUGUGGCAACACCGGUCCUGCAAUACGAUGAGGUUUUCAGUGUCACGAUUCCUGGAGAUUCCUUCAAUACAGCUUCUGAGCAACGACAGUACCUGUCCAAAAUGCACAACAUAUUCUCGCGUGGUCUGGGCGAUAGGGCCUCUCUGGUUGACUUCAAGCUGCCACAGGGCAAGAGCUGGUCGUUGGACCAGGACUCGACUGUCUCUGAUGGAAAUUUCCAGUUGGAGGUCGCAUUGCUUGCGAACCCGGAAACCGUCACCCGCCUUGUGGACCAUGGUCCAUCAGCAGAUGAGCAGGAUGAAGCUGCUGAAUAUCGAAAAUUUUGGGGUGAGAAGGCUGAACUUCGCCGGUUCAAGGACGGAAGCAUAUCUGAGAGCUUGGUGUGGGCCUCUGGAAGUCUUGUCACGCUGCAGAUUCUGGCACAUCUGGGCAUGUUGCACUUCAAGCUCCUCCUCAGCGCCAUAAAAGUUAUAACCCGCGAUUUGGAGUCAAGCAGCCUCGCGGAUGAUGCUGGCAUUGUUGCAAAAGAUGCGUUCCGCGUCAUCAGUACUACGUUCCAGACUUUGACCUCAAAACUGCACAACCUGGAAGGACUGCCGUUGCCGAUACGCUCAAUAACUCCGGCGGAUCCGGCUCUUCGCUCAUCAUCCGUGGGCAAUCCACUGCUCCCGUCGACGGCAAAUCCAAUAGACAUUAUCAUCGAAUUCGACUCGUCGACAAGGUGGCCGGAUUCUCUGCCCGCUAUCCAACACACCAAGAUUGCAUUCUUGCUGAAAGUCGGUGAGCUUCUUACCGCUUCGGAUUCCAGCAUCAACACCCGUGUUGGGUUGGAGAACACCGCUUCCGCUACGACGGGACACUUCAACACCACGUUCCUCGACAUAAUUUACCCGUCGUCCGGUGCCGGGUUGGCCCCAAUUUGUUUCCGAACACGCAUCCACCACGACAGGGAAGGCCAUUUGCUACAAAGUGCACUAGCUGACAAGGCGUUACACGGGUCCGUGAGGGACUCGUUGUCCACGGCGCUCGCGACGUAUAAGCGUGACUUCGGCGCGAAGCCUGUUCACACCACUACGGUUCGCAGUCUGUGCUCGAGAUUCCUGCCUCUGUCAAGCACGAUUAGACUGCUCAAGAAAUGGGUCGCGUCGCAUCUACUGCUGGAGCAUGUUCCUGAAGAGAUCCUCGAGAUUGUAGCUGCCAGUGUGUUUCUGCGGCCGGCGCCCUGGUCGGUGCCGGGAUCUUCUACGACGGCCUUCCUUCGAUGUCUGCACCUGUUGGCGCGGUGGGAUUGGGCUACGUCGCCUCUGAUCGUUGAUCUGAGUCUCUCGCAGGACAUGACUGCUGAACAGGUGUCUGAGGUUCAGACUCGCUUUCAGGCGUGGCGGAAGCUCGAUCCCAGCAUGAACAAUGUGGUGUGGUUUGUUGGGACGAGUCUGGACACGACGGGCACUGUGUGGACGCAGGGUGCUCGUCCGCCGCGCGUUGUGGCGGGACGGCUCAGCGCGCUUGCAAGGGCUGCCAUGGAUGUCAUCGAGAAUCAAAGGACUGGCAUGAGGCAGUCGGACUGGGAUGGGCUGUUUACUAGUCCAUUGUCGGACUUCGACUUCUUGAUCCACGUUAAGCCGUCGGUCAUCAGGGGCCGUAAGCAGAAGGCGAGAGGAAAGGGUGGAGCGGAUUUCAAGAACCUCCAGAUCCACGAGGCGCUGGAUGUAGAGUCGAUUGGGUAUGAUCCUGUGGCACUCUUCUUGCAGGACCUCACCCAGGCUCUUGGGUCGAGCGCGCUGUUCUUUCAUGACAGGUAUGGGGGCAGAGUUGUUGCUGGGCUUUGGAAGCCCAGCGUACUUGGACGGAAAGAAUGGCGUGUAAGAUUGGGAUGGUCCAGCGUGCCUGUGCCGGCAGAAGAGAAUGAGAAGGAGGGUGGGAAGGAUAUGUGCGCGUUCAACAAGAACGGUGUGCUUGCAGAGAUUGCCAUGUUGGGAGACGGUCUUGUAGAGAGCAUCACUAUCAAGGAAUGAGAGAAGUGCCCAGUUUUUGGCAUGUUUUUUCUCAUCAUGAGUACCGCGAUACUGUUUUCUCUGUCUUAGCGACCAAUGCAGGUGGAUACAGAUCACCUCGUCGUCAUUCUCGGUUUCGUCUCUAUGACCGUCACUCCAUAGCCCCGAAGACGGGUUUCUGUACGUG